CUCUUCUCUUGCUGCCUUGACAACCCUCUCACGCUCAGUAUCUACCAUCCUCCUCCUACUCCUCCUUCUCCUCCUCUUUCUCUACCUCCUCCACCUCCUCCUCCUCCUCCUCCUCUCGGUGUAGUUUAUCAUAAAGGCAAGAGGUUCAGAUUUUGUUCCCAGUCGUCAUAUUCAGCAGCCACACAAAGCCCCGUCGCUCUCUCCGUCGUUUCCUCCCUAGGGGCACCGAAGGGGUUAACGAAGUGCCUUCCCGACAGGCGGCACACGUGGCAACCCCGCUGACAGGCCGCCCGCCCCUGCCCGGCACGUCACGCAGCCACUUACCGCCGCUGCCGCCUGGUGACACAGCCUCAGUCUGCGUCUUGACGAGUGAAUGACAAAGCCCGCGCGUGCGUCAUGCCGUGGUGUGUGAGAGGGAUUUCGGGCGUUCAGAAAACAAACAUAAGUUACGGAUUGGCAUCUUGACUACAUCUAAAUCAGCUGUGGCGGCGGCGCGGGGCAGCGCGCAGCGGCACUCCAUCCGUGCCGCCGUGACCUGCCGCCGCGACACCGUCACCGCCACUCUCCCCUCCUGUCCACUGUUGCACCUCCUCCCACAAGUGUUUGGCGUGUAUGAGUGAUGUGCUGAGGUGUUGACAGUGCAAUGAUGGUGAACCUCCCGGCGCGUCUCCUGGUGGCCGCCCUCACCUUGGCAGCUCGGGCCGCCGGGGCGGUGAAGGGAGGCGAGGAUCAGCUGUGGGCGGUAGAGCUGCUGUCCACGAACGAAGCGGUGGCGAGGAGCGUCGCGGCGGACCUGGGCAUGGUGGUGACAGGGAGAGUGUUCAGCAAUGUUUUCCUCAUGAGAGGCGGCGGCCAGAACAGUGUGCUGAGGGGACCGAGCAAAGAGUGGCUGCGGCACCGCCUCAUCCUGUGGUCUGAGAGGCAAGUUGGACGCCGACGAAGUUCUCGUAGGAAAAUUGAGCCGGUGAGGACUGACACCAAGGGCAUGAAUGGAGACAGGGGCGGUGACGACACUGUGUGGGCGGAGCAGUUCUCGGGGGCGGUUCAUGAGGGACGUGGGCGGCCUGAACAAAGAACGUCCCAAGUCUCCGUGGGACUUGUUGGUGUCGAAGGACCCGCUGCGGUGGCGGCAGUGGUACCUGGAGCCCGGGGGCGGGAUGCACCUCAACGUGACGGGGCUGUGGGAGGCGGGCAUCAAGGGCGGCGGCGUGAGCGUGGCGGUACUGGACGAUGGCGUGGAGCUCACCCACCUGGACCUGGCUCUCAACUACGACCCAGCAGCCCUCCUGGGACCUGCUCGACGCCGACCCUGACCCGACGCCCGUGCCCUGGUCGCGGCACGGUACCCAGAUGGCGGGCAUCAUUGCCGCCACGCACAACAACGGCCUGUGUGGCAUGGGCGUGGCGCCGUGGUCAGGCGUGGGCGCUGUGAGGAUGCUCGGCUACUUGGUGUGGGACGCAAUCGAGGCGAAGGCUCUCGGUUACGAGCGUGAGCACGUGGACGUGUACGUGGCUGCCUGGGGCCCUGUGGACACCGGCACGGUGAUGGAGGGGCCCGGGGUCCUGGCGGCUCGGGCGUUGGCGGAGGGUAUCGUCCUGGGCCGCGGGGGCCGGGGCUCCAUCUACAUCUGGGCGUCAGGGAACGGAGGCUUGGUCGGCGAUGAUUGCAACGCCGACGGCUACUCCAACUCCGUGUACACCUUGACUGUGAGCGGCAGCACGCGAGGAGGACACCCGCCCGAGUACGCCGAGACGUGCGCGGCGACCUUUGUGUCCACGUACAGCGGCGACGCGGACAAGGACGACGAUCAAGAAGAGGAGGAAGAGGAGGAGGAGGAGGAGGAGGGGGAGGAGGAGGAGGAGGAACAGGUGAGUGGCAUAGUGACCACCGACACGGGAGGCGUGUGUACGGAGUCGUUCCGAGGGUCGUCAGUGUCGGCAGCCAUGGUGGCGGGAGUGUGUGCACUCGCUAUAGACAUCAACCCCGAGCUCACUUGGCGCGACCUGCAGCACCUGAUGCUGCGGGCGGCGACCCCGCACAACCCAAUGCCCUCCCAGUGGAGCACUAACGGCGUGGGCGCCAAGUUCUCCCAUUACUUUGGCUUUGGUUCCCUUGAUGCCGGCAAGAUGGUGGGCCUGGCCCGAGACUGGAAGACUGUCCCGCCUGCCUUUCAGUGCCGCCUGCAUGCCUCGCUCCACGACCUGCCGCUGGCGUCCAGCCAGCGCCUCGUGCUGCCCCUCAGCGUGCGGGGCUGUCAAGUGGUGCAGACGGAACACGUGCAGGUGAACCUGUCCGUGAGCGCACGAACUCGUGGCCAAGUGGAGGUGGUGCUGGAGUCUCCGAUGGGCACCAAGUCCACCCUGCUUCCACAGCGCCCCCUCGACCUUUCGCCCUACGGCAUCUACAACCACCCACUGAUGACUGUCCACAUGUGGGGCGAGGACCCCCGCGGGACUUGGAAGCUGCACUUCACGUAUCACGGUGACGGCGUGCUGGAGCCUUUCGGCGGCAAGCGUUUCGUUAACCUUACGAACACACUCCAUAACUGGACCCUCACCAUCCACGGCACGGAGGUGCCGAUCGGCCAGGCCACGCCGCACCACUACUACUACAACGCCUCGCAGCUGGCGUCGCUGCAGCACAAGGGCAAUGACAACAUAACGCGGCUAGAAGACGACAUCAAGCUGGAAAACCCGACAGAAGAUGUUCAGGAGGUGAUGGUAGAGACUCAGCACUGGAACUCCAGUGCAAUGUCCGGAGGGAAAAUACUUUCUUAUUUAUUCUGCUUCGUGCGCGUUGCCGUUCCCUCAGUGUUCAGCAACGUCAUGUGGCAGAGAAGUGACGGCACUCCCGUAGACAAUGUUGUGCGUCGCCUGAACGGACGGGACCCCCAAGCGGCGCGCUACCCGAGUUUGCUGGUGGUGCGCGAGGUGGAGACGCCCGACGGUAACUUUACUUGCCAGGUGAGGCACCGCGGCCAGACGCUGAUCAGGAUCACUGAGGUGCGGGGCCACCAGCCCAGUGUACCAGAGAUGACCGAGGUGACGCGGGUCUCCGUGCGUGGAGGGACUGUGGUGCUGCCCUGCCCAGGCCUCGUCCCCAUCCUGAGGCCCACGUGGCUGUUCCAGGGGCAGCGGCUGCGGCCCAGCAGGCGGGUGGUGGUGGGCGAGCAGGAGCUGACCAUCAGGGGCGUGACAGAGAGCGACUAUGGUGUGUACCGGUGCCAGGUGAGGUCAGACAGGCUGCACUACUCCCACACCACGGUGGUGACGCUGCUGCCGGCGCAGGGCCCCACCACCCUCAUCGCUCACUACGCCCUCACCGCGUACCCUGAGCCUCCUUCCCCAGAAGUGCCAUCGUGCAAUCAAAGUUCCUCGAAGGUGGAUCAGAAUGAGACGACGAUUGUGACGGAGGUGGAGGUCAACACAAGCUGUCCCGCGCCAUACGAGAUGAUGCAGGGCCACUGUGUGCUGGUGGCCCCGGGGGAACCAAGGUCGUGGCAGAAGGCGAGGUCACAGUGCCGAGGGUUCAAUGGUGACCUGCUAGUGGUGGAGAAUGCCGCCCUGCUGCUGGCCCUCAUGCGGCUCUUCCACUCUCAAGGCCUGGCAAACUCGUCCUUCUGGGUGGGCGGUGGGCGGCGCGGCGGAGAGUGGCGGUGGGUGAGCGGCGCGCCUGUCACUCCCGGCGGCCCCCUGUGGUACCCCACCCCCAACGGCGCCCCCAAGGAGCUGCCACUGAGACACCACAGACUGUUCUCUCAUGCACGGGGCUCUGGAGAUUCUCAACGCGCCGUGAAGUCCACGUCUCGUCAGUCCAAGAAAGAGACUCGUUUUCGGCAGGAAGAAACAGUGAGGCACCUUCUCUCUACGAGGCCGCAAGGGAUACCCAGCUCAUCUCAGCGGGAAGAUGGCAUUCCUCCACACGCCUCCAGAGACUCCAGCGAGCGUCCGCGGCUGUUCCAAAGGUUUGUGGAUGAGAGGAGAACUGCACUAACUCCCGUGCCAGAGGAUCGUCAAGGUUCUGCACCGGGAACUCGCAGUGGCCGCCCCAGGAGUCCCGAAAUGGCAAGAAGAGACAAAGCAACGGGCAGAGGACAAGAUGAAGUGGUAUCGCACAGAGCCAACCAGGACAGGACGAACAGAACCCGAAUCCCGGCAGAUCGAGUAGCAAGACUAGGCUCAAACCAAGAGGAGCUGGCUGCUGACGCCCCAUCCAACAGUGCCCCGACCCGUUUCAAGGCCACCUGUCUCCGGGCCAGACUCCGCCACUUCCUGUCCUCGUGCUGGGCGGGGACUCGGCUGCGGGCGCUGUGCCAGUACCGACCAGGGGCGUCACCGACUGAGGAGCGCGGCCCUUCCUGAGUCUGCCUCCGCCACACGAGGAGACAGGCUUGUUUCUGUGAGUGACGCGGCGAUUUGACGAACAUGUCUUGCAGUGAAAACCUAAACAGUUCGGUGGUCGCCGGUGUGUUGUCUGUCAGCGCUUUGAGGAAAAUGUCUAGGUUUACUGUGAACGGGAGGCAGUGAUGACAACGAGGAGACGCGUGCACAACAUUAUCGCCUCAACUUGAAGCAGCCAUUAAGCUUAUCAUAUAUCAACUGACGCGAACAAGUAGUAGUGCUUGGACAGAUAUUUUAUGACUAUAUGAGAAACAACACACGAGCAGUAAGCGUAAAUGAUUUCGUAAGCCAACCACACACAGCCUCACAAUUCUGUACCUGGCCAUUUAAAGGACUAUUUGAAAACAUGUACACGAACAACCAAAACCACCCACCCACACACACACACACACACACACACACACACACACACACACACACACAGAGCCCCCUUCUACACACACACACACACACACACACACACACACAGAGCCACACAUGCACACACAAAUCAUACAGACAAAGAGAGAACUGUUUGUUUUUGCUCGUGGUUCUGUCUUAACGUGCUGUCUCCUGCUGGGGUUAUGAGAGACGGGGAGACAGUGGGGGAGUAGAAAGCGGCGUCUCUCUAAUGCAUCUCCCAAGGCGUGUCACGGAGGAAAUCUCGAGAGCAAAUCCGGAAAGCACUUACGCGUGGACUCGCAAGACGACUGAGUUUCCUGUUACGGCGGAAAUAUAAUAAAUGAGCAAGGGAAAAA